CAAAUGUUUCCAUUGUUGUACAGUCUGUUUAAAGGGACGAAAGGGGAGUCUGCAAAAAAGAUUAAAUAUAAAAAAUAAUUUAAAAAAAAUUAUUCAUUGUAUAUGUACACUGGGAGAGAGAUGGAGCUAAGGAUGUUUAAAAGCUAUGAAGUGAAAUAAUUCAUUCAGCAACAUGAGACAAAAGGAGUGAUGUCACUAUGAGGAAGUGAGCGGGAAGUUGAUGCUGUGUUCAUCUCUGAGAGCAAGAACAGAGACUGAGAGAGACAGAGAAGCACGAUGGCUGCAUUCACAUGGAUUCAAAUGUCUUCAUUACUGACACUGAUGCUUCAGUUUAAAGGAACAACUGAGCAACAUCAAACUGUCACAGCUGGACGUGGACAUGAUGUUACUCUGCCUUGUAAAAAUGCGAUACAAGGUCAGCAUAACUGUGGCAGUACUGACUGGAUCUUCAGUGAUUCAAGCAGCUCAGUAUCACUCUUUAACCUUGGGCAGAAUAAAGAAGCCAAACCUAAAUCAGACAGACUGAGUCUUUCUGCAGACUGUUCUCUGGUUAUAAAGAAUGUCACAUAUCAGGAUGUUGGUCAUUACACCUGCAGACAGUUCAAAACAAGAGGAGGAUCACAAGAAGGUCCAGACUUUAUGAUUCAUCUGUCUGUUAUUAACAAGCCGGCAACAACAAAAUCAACAACAGUGACGUCCACCACAAAAACAUCAUCAACAACAAAAUCCACAACAUCAACAACGUCAGAAGAGACCUCAAAUAAUCCAUCAGGAGUUCAGUCAUGGUUUAUCAUCGUUCCUGUGGGUUUAGCAGCACUGUUAGUUGUUGUGGUGAUCAUCAUAUGGAAGAAAACUAAAGAAAACAAAACACAACAGAGCGACAACACUGCUGAAGCCGAUGAUGAAGUUUCCUACGCCUCCAUCAGCUUCACAAAGAAAACCAAGAGUAAAGACCGGCCCCGCGUCGAUGAUGAUGGUGAGACUAUGACCUACAGCACUGUGAAAACUUUCUCUCCACCUGCUGGAGUUUCCACUGAUUCCAGCGACCUCUAUUCCACCAUCAACAAACCAAAGACAUAAGAGUGAAGGAAGUAAGGAAGCUUAAAAGCAAUGAACUGAAUUCAUUCAGCAUAAGCAGUGAUGUCACUAUGAGGAAGUGAGCAGGAAGUUGAUGCUGUAUUCAUCUCUGAGACUGUCUCAUUGGUCAAAGUGAGAUUACACUGAAAGCACGAUGGCUGCAUUCACAUGGAUUCAAAUGUCUUCAUUACUGAUACCGAUGCUUCAGUUUAAAGCUGAUGCUUUUUCUUGCGAGAUGACUCUGAUGACUACUUUGGUCACAAAAGUUUUGCAGUGACUGAGUUUAAACCCUGCAGACACUGAGCCUGGUCCAGGAACCAGUCAGGAGACGAAUGAAGAUGAUGAUGGUGUUUCGUACGUCUCUAUCAGCUUCACAAAGAAAACCAAGAAUAAAACCCAGGAAUGAUUUUGAUAUUUACAGAGAUGAUGUUAGCAGGAAGCUUGUGAUUUUAAAGCUCCUGCCAGGUUUAUGUAUUUAAUAACACAUAAUAUUUAUUUAUAGUUUCCUGGUGGUGAUGAUGAUGAUGAUGGUGGUGGUGGCGACAGUGUGACUUACAUCACUGUGAAAGCUUCCUCCUUUCCCACUGGAGUUCCCACUCAUCCCAGUGACCUCUCUUCCACCACGGACAAACCAUAGAAACAGUAUGUUGCUAAUGAAAGGUCGCGUGCUGUUUUUCCUUGAUGCUGAUGAAUGUUUGUUUGAUAGAGUAACUUCCUUUUUCUAAACAAAAUUCCUGUUGUUUAGUUUAAGCACAUUAUUAGCGCUAAAUAUUCAUCUUUAAUUUGAUGCCUUCACAGAGCGCUUUGAUUAAACUACUUCAUCUCAGCUGUUACAACAUGUAGCGUCUCAGUUCAGUAAACUCAAACAGUCUCUGCAGUUGGUUGAUUUACUUUCUACAGUUUGAUUAGUUUGUUUUAGUUGUAGUUGUAGUUGUUAUUAACCAAACUCCUCAAAUAGCAGUGACUGUUUUAAGGGCUCUGAUGCCAACAGUCUGAGCUUUUUUAGUCCAUACUAAACUUUCUAGUAUAAAUAUACCUGUAUGUGCACUGUAAAUAUGAUCUGUGUUACUGAAUGACACAGUUUACAGUAGUUUAUUAUGUGUCUUGUUUGCUGCCUUUAUUCAUUAUAUAAACAUAAUAUUGAGUAUUUUGGACUUUAGUUCUUGUUAUAGUUUAGUCUCAGUUUUACUCUUGAAUUUGUUCCCUUAGAGUUUCCUGUCACAUCUUCUUGUGCCAAUUUUCUUAUGUUAAGUUCAUUCAUGUGUCUGUUCCCACAUUUAGUUAUGGUUCUCACUUCCUGUUUUAUUGUCUUUGUGUUUAGUUUUACUAAUUAAAUUGACCAGCCGUGUUCACUUCCUGUAAUUAUAAUACCCUCGUUUAUAAGUAGUGUUGUCUUUCUUUCACUCUUUGCCUUAAUGUCUCUUAUCUUGCCUGUGA